AAAGGUAACAGUUACUUAAAAAAAUAAUGAUAAUCCGUUAACGUUUUUAUUUUAUUUAUCAUUAACGAUUAAAGUAAAUCUAAAGUACAAGUUAAUUUAAUAAAUAUAAGUACUACUUAAAUCAACAGGAAGAUAGACUAUAUUUAAAUCUCACUUUAGUGAUAAUAUAAACAAAGUAAGGAACGAAUUUAGCAGAUAAUAAGAACGGAUAUGAAUAAAUAUGAGUGUAACAAGUCGUGAUAGUCGUCGUAAAUCGUUUUCUGUCAGUGUAUUAACUAAUUUCUUUGAGUCUGGUGGUGUUCUUCAACAUUUAUUUAAAGAAUCACUCAACGAUAGUGGACAUUCUUCGUCUACUUCCUGGAUGAAAAAAGAUGAAGUUAAAAAGUUAAACGAGGAACACCUUGUUGCUGAAAGGAGGAAAUUGUUUCAAAACUCUACAAGCUCGAUAAACUUAAAUCCAUCAAACGGUCCUAAAUAUAUUAAAAGCAUGCCACCGACUAAAUCAAUUAAUAUGGUAGAAAAAAACAACUUUCAACAACAAGAAGGUGUUAUACGACAUCGUCACUCUUAUGAAGAUAUCCAAAAAACAAGAAAAUCUGUUAUGGACACGAUCAUCAAGUACAUUGAGGGCGAUGUUUCCGAGGAUGAUAUCGAAGAAGAUACUUCAAUUGAAAUUUCUCAAAAUGAAAUUGAAGAAUGUGAAGAUAUGAUGAAGGAUAUACAAAAAAGUUGGAGUCAUAUUAAUUUAUUUGUUGAUAAUAUCGAUGAAGAUGAUAAUGAAAAUUUUUAUGAAAAUGAAAAUGAAAGUUUGUAUGGAAAUAUUAAUGAGAACAUUAAUGAAAAUAUUAAUGACAAUAUUAAUGAAAAUUUUAAUGAAAAUAUUAACGAAAAUAUUAAUGAAUGUAUUAAUAAAAACGUGGUCAAUAUUGAUGGUGUUAAAAAUGAUGUAGAAGAAUGUGGUGAUGAAGAAAAUAAAGAAAUAUCAAAUUGUAUAAAAGAAAUUCAAACAGAUUUUAAUAAUCUUUAUGAUUCUGCAAAAGAAUUAGACCAAAAUGAAAGGAAAGAAUUAAAUCUUAGAAGAAGUAUUAACUUUGUAAAAAGUAAUCGUUCUUCGAGUAAACGUAGAAAAAUGAAAAAGAAACCUGAUAACAUCGACAACGUCGUUUACCCAUACGACAAUAAAAACCAAGAAAUAUCAUCACCUGAACCGACUCCAAUUAAUUCUUCAGAUAACUCAAUUUUAAAUAACUUUUCUUUUGAAAUAAACGAUGAUUUUUUUGGAAAAAUGUUAGAACCAAUCGAUUUUAUAGUAGAAACAUACAAUAAUAAAGAAGAAAACGUUCUUUAUAAAUUAAUAUUAAAACGAGAACCGAUUUUGAUUCCAAACGAAGUUUAUAAAGAUGAAAAUCGGUUUUCUUGUGAAUCAACUUGUUCGAGUUCAAAUUCGAAUGUAAAUUUAAACGAUUCGGAAGAUAUUAAAAUUCUUUUAAAAAUUACUCAACCGGAAGAUGAUUUUAGAAAUUUUGAGAGUGAAGAUGAAGGAUUGAAUCAAAAUGAUUAUGACGCACAUGUUUACGAAAAUUUCUCAAUCGAAAACGGAAACGUUAAGGAAAAAAUAAAUCAUGCAUACGAAAAUUGGACGGUUUGCGAUAAGGAUAAUAACCAAAGAAUUACGAUUACUCACGAAUCCGUUUUGAAUGGUAAAUUUUUGCAAGUACCCGGAGGAAUUCCACCUAAAUUAUUACCCUCACCGAAAAAACAACACAUUAUAGAUGAAUUGAAACAAACUGAAUUAAAAUUUUUGGAUGGAUUAGAAUAUGUUAUUCAUCAAUAUUUAAAACAUUUUAAAAAUCACCCAAAUGUUAAACAAAUCGGAAUGGGUAUUAGUCAAAUAUUUGGGAAUAUUGAAGACAUUUUUGAAGCAAAUCAAAAGUUUUAUGAGAGACUACUACAAUGUAAUUAUUCCGUUGAAAAAAUUGCAAAAUUAUUUCUAGAAAGUGAAUACAUAUUUUUAUUAUCUUCUGAUUACAUGAGAAAUAAAUACAAAACUCAACAUAUUUACGAACAAUACAUAGGAGCUUUAUCAGAGCGUCAAAAACAAUUAAACGAUAAGAAAACUUGCGACAGUUAUUUAUUAACCCCAGUACAAAGAACGACUCGAUAUAAACUUCUUUUAGAAAGUUUAUUAAAAGAUUUAAAGAAAAACGGUGAAGAAACGACUCUUUUAGAAAAAGCAAUUGAUUUUAUCGAUAAAAAUAUAUCCGAAGCAAAUCGGCUUUUAGCCAUCGACUCAAUUCGUAAUUGUCCAAUUAAUUUAACAAAUAAAGGUCCUCUUUUACUAAAAGAUAGUUUCAAUAUUAAAAGAAAAUAUAGAAGUCUUAUUUUCUUGUUUAAAGAUGUCGUUGUAUUCACAGUCGAAAGUAAAGCAAAACAAGAUAUUUUUGAAUACAAAGAUAGCAUUUUGCUAUCUGACCUAUCGUUAAAACAUCAAACCAAUUCAAACGUUUUUACGCUUAUUAAUUUUCCAAAGAGUAAAAUGGAAACGAAUCGUUUUGAGGAUAAUACAAGUUUUGAAAUAGAAGCGGUAAAUAGUAAAACAUGCAAUCUAUGGGUGAAUAAAAUUCGAGAUAUUUUAUGGGUACAAUUGAAUAGUUAUAAACAAAACCGGAAAACUAUGACAAAUUUAACUCCAAGUCCUACAAAUGAAAAUAAAGGUAAAUACUUUUGAAAUAUUCAUUAAUACAGUAAAACCUGAAUGUAACGGACCUCAUCACAAU